CUCUCUAUCUUUUUGGAAUUCUCCGCUCUAAAAUAUUCUCUCCUUUCUGUUUUGAUCUUACACUUUUCACUGAGGAAUUCUCCCUCCUCCUCAGAUAACCAAAACUCGAGAAAAUGAAGAAAGUGGUGCUUAAAUUGGAUUUCCACGACGACAAAGGCAAGCAAAAGGCCAUGAAGAAAGUCUCUGGCCUCAACGGGGUUGAUUCAAUUGCUAUGGACAUGAAGGACAAGAAAUUGACGGUGACAGGGGACAUAGAUCCAGUGAAGGUGGCGGCUAAACUGAGGAAGCUCUGCCACACGGAGAUAGUCACGGUCGGGUCGGCAAAAGAGCCGGAGAAGAAGAAGGAGGAGCCUAAGAAAGAGGAGCCCAAGAAAUCAGGAGGAGAUGACAAGAAGAAAGCUGAGGCUGUGAAGCUCCAUCAGAUAGCCUAUCCCAAUUAUUACCCACAAUAUCCCCAUGCAGAUCAUCCUCCCCCUUACCUGCAGCACCAGAACUUUUACAGGAUUGCAGAAGAAGACCCCAAUUCUUGCUUAUACCAAAGCUUUCCAAUCUUAGUUCUUUUUUUUUUCCUUUUUUUUUUUUUUUAAGGUAAUGUCAUUUUCAUUGAAAACGAAACCAUUACAGGGCAUUCUCCCGAAAACAAAUCUUACACUCAAAGAAUUCUC